GAGGUGAGGCAGAUAACCGUAGCUAGCUGUUAGCUUAGGGAUCGAAACUUUGAUGGGGGGCACAAAAAUGUUUGCCAUAAAGUGGAGACAAAUGCAGUUUAAUGAUACCUGAGUGAGUCUGACUAACAAAAUCAAUGGGAGUAUUUCGACCAUUAUAACACGUUUUGAUAGCUGGCUGCAAAACUAACUUAGCAAUAAUAAUUUCAAUGUUAGCUGACAUAAGAUAACUGCUGAUGCACAACCAAAUUUCGAAAUUAUACCUUGUAUUCUACUAUUCUAACUCGCAAAAGUAAGUUGAGACCCCGACUGAGUUCCAAAAAAAAUGUUUCGGGGGGCCUUCAAAAUGGGGGCCGCAGGUGGAGUGUCCUUCACCCCCGCCUGUCGGGCACUGUUUUCAAGAAGUUCUGUUAAUGACGGAGAGGGCAGGCGAGAGCGAAGGACAAAUGUGUGCUUGCUUAGUCUUAACGGCACACGGUGUUGCCUCCGCUUCCCGGAGUAGCUGGCGGUAGCGACACAUGGAGACGUAUCCUUCGCCCUCGGUUUUCUCGGGUACGCAGCAGGUGGGUGUGACGUCGUGUUAGCUAACUAGUAAGCAAGCAACUUAGCUAACACACGGUGUCGCCCCAGCCUCCUCCUGUGCUAGUAACAGUGUCCUUGGCCCCCGCCUGUCAGGCAUGAUUUUCUUGGGUACACAGCAGGCGGGAGAAAGGUGCGACACCGUGUGUCAGCUGCACGGUUUCCUGCAGUUCUGUUAACGACUGGGAGGGAAGGACACUGUCCAGCUGGAAAAGAGGACUCCGGUACACAGGAGGCGUGGUUGAAAAUAUUUCCCUUUUGACCCACAUUCGAAAGUGCCGCAAGACAUACCCAAGCAUGGACGGGGGCCUUCAUACAGGAACCAAUGGGUACUCGAGGGGUGUGGGGAGGGCGUUAAUGCAGAAACCAAUGUAAUGCUCGAGGGAGGGUUUUCAUGAAGGAACCAAUGGGAUGCUCGAGAGGGGGGAGUGUUCGUGAAAGAACCAAUGGGAUACUCGAUGGGGGGUGUUCAUGAAGGAACCAAUGGGAUGCUCGAGAGGUGUGUUCCUACAGACGCAGAAAUGCCCACAAGCAGGAACGCCCCGAUUUGCGUGCUGCAAUUGCAUUCUCGUACACUUGGUUGGAGAGGCGCUUGUUCACUCCCAGGAUAGAUGAUUCGAGCCUUAUUCUGGGCUGGACAGGAAACAGGAGACGCAUAGCGUGCUUCACGCAACAAUCCUGAGAAAGAGAACGAGGAUGGGAGUAUGUAUGUGUUUGCAUGCCGAGCUGUUAGUUCAAAAAAUAUGAGGACAACGGGCACUACAAUUCUCUCAACUGAUUCACAGAAGCGUGUUAUUUCGAUCAUUAUUGCCUUUGGUGUUCAUCAUCCAUUGGGGUGAACACAGAAGAGGAGCCGCUGUUAAAUCCCAAUUUGACUGACAUAAAAGCUUGGUCCUGACUGUUGCGUUGGCUUCAUUUGACCUCCUUUGACCUGAGUGGGACAAAGGGAGAGACACACCAGAGAUGGCAGAUAUGUCUGACGACGAGCUGGACCACGGGGGAGUGGAGGAAGACAGUGAUAAGGAAGACCAGGACCUGGACAAAAUGUUUGGAGCCUGGUUGGGAGAGCUGGACAAACUCACACAGAGCCUGGAUGACGGGAAGCCACAGAAGCCAGUCCAGAAGGCCCCUCUCAGACAGGAAACCAACAUGGCUAAUUUUUCUUACCGCUUCUCCAUGUACAACAUCAAUGAGGCUCUGAACCAGACGACAGAGACCGUAGACCUGGAUGCCCUGAUGGCUGACCUGUGCUCCAUCGAACAGGAGCUCAGCACCAUCGGCAAGCCCAACACCGGCACCGCCCGCCAGGCUAAAUGUCAGCAGCGAGGCCUGGGGGGUCGCGGUGCCAGUGCCAAGCAGACUGCCAGUGGUGGAGGGGGUAGCAGCGGGGGCAGCACCAGCAGUAGUACCCGGGCGUCACCGGCCUCCACCGUCCGAGGGGGCAGUUCCAACUCCCACGGGCGCCCGUCGGCUUCGAACUUCUCGCUGGACGACAUCACGGCCCAGCUGGAGCAGGCGUCGCUCAGCAUGGACGAGGCGGCGCACCAGACUUCGUCCUCCUACUCCUCUACCACCCUCCGGCGCCCCUCGGCGGGUUCCUCGCCCUCGCAGCACCGGAGGACGGGUUCGGUGGGCGCGGUCAGUGAACACGAGGCGGGGGGCCACUCCUCAAGGUCCAGCGUUAAUUCUGCGUCCGCGUCCAGCAUGGACUCUCUGGACAUCGACAAGGUGCUGUCUCAGACAGCAGGAGGGGCCGAGCAGGACAGAGAGUCCCAAGGGAGUCCCCAGCCACCACAGGUCCCGGCCAGCACCGAGCACUCCUAUCUGGACAGAGAAACGUCCCUCAUUCUGAAAAGCAUUGCAGGGAAGCCUUCUCACCUGCUGACCAAGGAGGAGCAGGGGGCCAAAGUGAAGGCCGAGAAGAUCCGAGUGGCCCUGGAGAAAAUCAAGGAGGCGCAAGUCAAAAAGCUGGUGAUCCGGGUGCACAUGUCGGACGAGAGCUCCAAGACCAUGAUGGUGGAUGAGAGACAGACUGUCAGACAGGUGCUGGACAGCCUGCUGGACAAGUCCCACUGUGGCUACAGCCCCGACUGGUCACUGGUGGAGACCAUCAACGAGCUGCAAAUGGAGCGGAUCUUUGAGGACCAUGAGAACUUGGUGGAGAACCUACUGAAUUGGACCAGAGACAGCCAUAACAAACUGAUGUUCAUCGAGCGCAUCGAGAAAUAUGCUCUCUUCAAGAACCCCCAGAACUACUUGUUGGGGAGGAAGGAGACCUCUGAAAUGGCCGAUAGGAAUAAAGAGGCCCUACUAGAGGAGUGUUUCUGUGGCAGCUCAGUGUCAGUACCAGAAAUAGAGGGAAUCCUCUGGCUGAAGGAUGAUGGGAAGAAGUCGUGGAAGAAGCGAUACUUCCUGCUGCGCGCAUCAGGAAUCUACUACGUCCCGAAAAGCAAAGCUAAGGCCUCCAGGGACCUGGUAUGCUUUCUACAGCUGGACCACGUUAAUGUGUACUACGGCCAGGACUACCGCAGCAAGUACAAGGCCCCCACAGACUACUGCCUGGCCCUUAAGCACCCCCAGAUCCAGAAGAAGUCCCAGUACAUCAAGUAUCUGUGCUGUGACGACGUCAGGACCCUCCACCAAUGGUUCAACGGCAUUCGCAUCGCCAAGUACGGGAAACAGCUGUAUGUGAACUACCAGGAGGCCAUGAAGCGCACGGAGGCGGCCCACGACUGGUCGUCCCUCUCCACCUCCAGCAUCCGCUCUGGCUCCAGCUCCGGCUCCGGCUCAGCCAGUCUGCCCGAGUCCCAGUCGAACCACUCGGGCCAGUCAGACAGUGGAGUGGACACGGCCUCCAGCCACGGGCGCUCCCAGAGCGUGGUCAGCUCCAUUUUCUCUGAGGCCUGGAAGAGAGGAACGCAGAUGGAGGAGAACACCAGGAUGAGGGAGUCCACCCGAGGAGCCACCCUCCCCCACCCUGCCCACACGCACCGCCAGACCCCACAACUGGAGCCCCCUGCGUUGGCUGCGCCACAACAGCAGCCGCCUCCCCAGACUCGCAGCAGCUACACCCACGCUCUACCCCCCAAGCCACAGGGGGGUACCUCCCCCCCACUUCAACAGCAACUGCCCCCCCAGAUCCGCAGCAGUUCCACCCAGGUCUUGCCUACCCUGCCCCAACAGCCCUCCCCUCCACCGCCCCAACAGCCCUCCCCUCCACCGCCCCAACAGCCCUCCCCUCCACCGCCCCAACAGCCCUCCCCUCCACCGCCCCAACAGCCCUCCCCUCCACCGCCCCAACAGCCCUCCCCUCCACAACAGCCCUCCCCUCAACCGCUCCAACAGCUACCCCCCCACAUCCGCAGCAGUUACACCCAGGUCUUGCCUACCCUGCACCAACAGCCCUUCCCUCCACCGCCCCAACAGCCCUUCCCUCCACCGCCCCAACAGCCCUUCCCUCCACCGCCCCAACAGCUGCCCCCCCAGAUCCGCAGCAGUUACACCCAGGUCUUGCCUUCCUUGCACCCCCAGCCCUCCCCUCCACCACCCCAACAGCUGCCCCCCCAGAUCUGCAGCAGUUACACCCCUGUCUUGCCUUCCCUGCCCUUCCCUCCACCGCCCCAACAGCCCUUCCCUCCACCGCCCCAACAGCCCUUCCCUCCACCGCCCCAACAGCCCUUCCCUCCACCGCCCCAACAGCCCUUCCCUCCACCGCCCCAACAGCCCUUCCACCGCCCCCCUUCCCUCCAACAGCCCUUCCCUCCACCGCCCCAACAGCCCUUCCCUCCACCGCCCCAACAGCCCUUCCCUCCACCGCCCCAACAGCCCUUCCCUCCACCGCCCCAACAGCCCUUCCCUCCACCGCCCCAACAGCCCUUCCCUCCACCGCCCCAACAGCCCUUCCCUCCACCGCCCCAACAGCACUUCCCUCCACCUCCCCAACAGCCCUUCCCUUUACACCCAGGUCUUGCCCUCCCUGCCGCCCCAGCCCUCUCCUCCACCACCCCCCAGCUCUCUCCACCACCCCCCCAGCUCUCUCCACCACCCACCCAGCUCUCUCCACCACCCACCCAGCUCUCUCCACCACCCCCCCAGCUCUCUCCACCACCCCCCCAGCUCUCUCCACCACCCCCCCAGCUCUCUCCUCCACCACCCCAACAGCUGUCUCCACAGUCCUACAGCAGCUACAACCAAGCUGUGCCCCCGCCACCCCCUCCCCCGCCACCACCCCCUCCCCCGCCGCCCCUGCCUACCAGCAGCACCCCUCACCACUCGGGCCCCACAGUGUUCGCCAAGUACAGCACCAUCACCCGGCUGCAGAACCAGAACGCUGCCCACCAGGCCGCCAAUCACCACAGGGCGCAAAACAACCACCAGAGCCCACCCAGGGCGUCAGCUCAAGCCCCGCCUCCUCCCCAUCAGACGGCUGUCAAACCGCUGGUCAAUAACAUCAACGUCCCGCCUCCCCCGCCGCCCCCUCCCCCGCCCUCCAUGCCUGCUCUGGGGUCGGCCAUGGCCGCACUCCGGCUCGGUUCCCCCAGCCCGGCCGCCCUGCCCCAGUUCAUCCCACCACCGCCGGAGAGCAACGACAUCCCCCCUCCCCCUCCCCCUCCACCGCCCCCAGACCCGAUGCCAGGUCUGUGCCCAUUGACCUACGGCGCCAACGCCCUCCAGCAGGCACUGGCCCAAAAGUUCCACAACGGUCCCCCCCAGGGCCUCUUUCCCCUCGCUGCCAGACUAGUAGAGUCGCCCCCGGCACCGCCUCCUCCCCCACCACCUCCCCCUCCUACCCCACCGCCUCCCCAGAAGCUCUCUGUGCCUCCCCCACCUCCUCCUCCCCCACCUCCUCCUCCCCCAACUCCUCAGCAGCAGUACUUGCCCGCAGCUGCUCCCCCCCCUGCCCUGCCCAAAACCUUCUCCCCAGGCUUUCUGCUCCACCACGGUGCCCGGAAGCCUCUCUACCCUGUUUCCCCUCUCCCCCCCGCCCCACCUGCUGCCCCUACUCCUCCCCCACCCCCGCCCCCUCCUCCUCCGGUGUCAAUGAAGAAGCAGCACAGCCUCCAGGUAGUCCACACUCCCAACCAGCCCCCUCCCACAUUUCCCAAGCAGCACAGCCUCUCCAAGCCGCCACUCAUGUCAUUCACAGCUCCGCCCACCACUACCUCCCUGGUCAAACAGAUGGCAAGCCAGUUCCCAGGGUCCACACUGUCAACCAAUCAACUUGAGAGCCCCAAAGCCCCCCUUUCCCCUCCUGCGGUGAAGGCCAAACCAAGAUGGCAGCCAGGCUGUGGACAGGCCCAGCAACAGGUCUCUGAGUUCCCUCCACCCGCUUCUGAGAGCAGCCUGUCUUUCCCUCCUCCUCCCCCUCCUCCUCCGCCCCCACCUGCUCCAGUCACCGGCCUUGCCCCUCUUGCUCCACCUCCCCCUCCCAUCACUGGCCCCACCCCUCCGCCUCCCCCUCUCCCCCCCGGCAACCUAUGCUCGCCCCUGAAGAGUUCUCCAUCGGGCUCCUCCACACCCUCCUCAGGCUCCUCUGGCUGGGGGGGCAGGAAGCCCCCGCCCGCCACCCCCCAGAAGGCCUCCAGCAUCAAGUCUAACUCCUCGGCUGAAUACCAGGAGUCCCGCAGGAACCUUCUCAGCAAGUUCGCCCCCAAGUCCUCCUCUUCCCCCUCCACCUUCCCAUCCUUCCCUGCCGUGUCCUUGGGUAGUUCUCCCUCUAAGGACCCCUCCUCCUCCCAGGCCGGCCCCCCGGCGCCCCCCAAGCCAGGCAAGUUGAACCUGGCCAACCUGGCCCUACAGGCCAAAGUGGGUCAAGUGGGCCAGCAGCGCCAGUCCACCGCCGACUUCCCCUCCCUUCCAGCGGAGUGCGCCGUGGCCUACCUCCCCACUCCCCCACUGGCUUUUGAUCUCUUCCCCCCUCCUCCACUGCCCAGUGACAGCCACGUCGGGGCACCUAAGGUAGCAGUGGUCAACCCCCAGCCAAAAGUACCGCCUGCCCCUCCCGGUCCCCCUCCCCCCACCACCAUCAACUCCUCCUGGGGCAAGGGCUCCCUGAAGAAGGCCCCUCCCCCCAUGCUGCAGAGGAACCAGCCGUCCCCGCCUCCCAAGCUGCCCCUGCCUACCUCGCCCCCCAAGGGGAACGGUAACAACGGCGCCCCCCAGCCGGGCAACUUCAUGGACGACCUGAACCGGACUCUGAAGCGCAAGUCGGUGAGCCGGCAGGGCUCGCUCUCCUCGUCCCGCCUGUCCGGCCCCAAGCUGGAGCCCGCCGCGGGCACCAUGGACGAUAUGGAGUUGGCACUGCCCCCUCCACCGCCCGAUUUGCUGUCGGGGGGGAACAUCUCAGGCUAUGCAACGCUACGGCGGGGGCCCCCACCGGCCCCACCCAAGAGGGGGGGCAACACAAAACUGACACACUGACCAGGGGAGUGGUAGAAAAGGAGACUGUUGGAUGAUGCCUACUUUACCUCUCUUGGGGAGGAGCUUCUAUCUAUCACACAGGACCGUCAGUGGACAUUGACAAACUGGACUCCUCGUGUUCCAUGAUUAUGAUGGUGAAUACUUAACCAUGUAAAUAAGGAAACGCCAAACCACGUAUCAGCUUCUUCGCCGUAUGUUUGUGCCACGUAGUCAGAAAACCAAUAAUAACGACGUUAGGAUUCAUUCUGCAUUGGUACUGCAUGGACAUGCUGUAAAACAUGAUGCUCUAUGUGUGUGUGUGUGUGUGUGUGUGUAUACCCGUUUUGUGUGCGUACCCGUGUGUUUUCACAUGCAUCCAUGUGUGUGAGAGCGAGAGCUAAAGGGGAAAUGGGAGACAGCCCAUAAAGGAAGGCCUCUGUAAUAGGGAUUGUUAUGUUGCCUCUGGUUUUAUAUGAAGUUAUUUAAUACGUGAAAGGAUUUUCUUUAUAGUUACGUUUUUAAAAGCUGCAAGUACGUUGGAGAGAGGCGGAUAAGAUGGAAAAACUUGAACCAAUGAGAUAAGAAUUCUCAGAGUUUUGACAUUUCCUAAGUAUUCCCUGAAUGUUUUGCAAGUGUCUCACUCGGUGGCACGCAAAUCGGAAGGACGCCUUUUUUCACAGACGAUUGCACUCUCUCGAAGGAAUCUCCAAAUGGGGGGAAAAAAUGAGAUUCUCUCCUCCCAAAGGCACGAAACCAUGACUGUGCAACUGGAAACAUUUGUGACUGGGAAUAAUUUUUUUGUUAAUUUUUAAUUUAAUGCAUACACUUUUUUUUGCUUAACUGAAGACUGGAACGGCACGUCGUGUGUAUGUCUUUCGAAUGCCCUGUGGGUUGUGUGCUGUGUUUGUUUGACCUUUGACCUGACCGGCAUCUGAGUCGGGUUCAUUAGGCACCAAGCAGAAGAAACGGACUGUGAAACAGGGAGGGGACUCACUGGAUUCGUCCAAUUAGAAACACACAUUUUAGAUUUUCGUUGGGGACAUGCUUUAAAACAUUUGGUGCCUAAUGAACAUCUGCUUCUGUUUAUCUAUACAGUAACAGCUUCUGCUCCCCUCCCAUUGGCCCCUGCCGCCUUUAGAUUGUCACAUGACAUGGCCUAAAAAUCAUAGAAAUAGAAUGUACAGAGUGGGGGCAGCUUUGCUCCAGGUGCCGUUUACCAUAUACUCAGUUAUUCUCAACAUGGUGGCACGUUGUUGCUUUAAGGUACUGAUCAUUGAAUUAUGUUGUCAGUAGCAUUAGACUAGACCUGACUGGCUAAAUUAAUUCACAAAUUCCCGUCUGGCUCGCAUUAAAAUUGAAUGUUGCUUUCUAUAUCCUGUUUUUAUGGCCUAAACAUCCCAGUGUGGUGCAGUUUCCUGCUUCUCCUGCCGAAGUGCAGUGUAGAGAGGGGGUGGGAGGGGGGUUCUCGCAGCAAUGCCUUCAUUUCAGGGGUGCUAGUACUUAUUGUCAUAAUAAGCCUGGAUAUCAAGGUGCUGACAUCUUAAAAGUUGAAUCUAGGGUUUGUCCCCAAUCCUCCACUCUUCUCCCGAAGUGUGACCAUCCUGGAUUGGAUUGAUAGAAGCAUUAGCUUCGGUUUCCACCAUUUUCAGCAAUCGAUACAGUAUAGCGACCAUAACCAAAUAAAGCUGAAUGUCCGUACUGAACUCAAGUGGACCAUGAAUGUUGAGGGCCACUGCUAGACGCAUAAAACAUGCUGUCAUAUUAAUCUUGCUUAUAUCUACAUUGCUUCUGCUCCGUAUUGGUGAAGUUGGCUCGAGACGCUGAUCUUGGGUCAGUUGCACAUUUUUGCAGGUUGGGGGCGGGGAAGCUGAUCCUAGAUCUGUAGCUAAGGGGAAACUUCACCCCAGAGCCUGUGCAUUUUCAUGAUUUGAAUAUCAUCCUUUUCAGGUUGUUGGUUAACAGUAUGUCAAACUGAAGUAGACAUUAAAUUAUUGAAGUGUUGUGUAUCUGAUUUUGGGGGCCAUAUGAAACUAAAUGAAUAAAAGCCGGGGGG